UCAAAUCACGAUAACACGGGCAGCUAAAGCUAAUAGUGUCUUUUGGAAAGGGCAUUGACUUUAGCAUUCAACGUCCGAUUAAGCAUAAUUCAUUUUGCUUAAACAGGGAUUGGGACAAGAAUUGUAGCUACACAUAACUCGCUCGACGGAUAAUGUCGUAUUAUAAGAUUAAUUUAUUUUAGUCAAAAUAUAAUAAUUAUUAGUCGUAGAAAGGUUUUGUAUUAUUUUUGAAAAUGUAAAAUAUUAAUUGGCAUCCGUUUUUCAACAUAUACUUCGGCAACUUUACGAUUUACGAAGAAGAGCAUUUGCCGAACCAGACUCUUCCUUCAUCAGUGAGAAGCUGAUUCCCGUGAACAUUCCAGAACAGUUCUAUGAUGUCGAUUGCCGAAGCAUCGAACAAGCGACGGAAGUCAAACUGAGGAUUCUACGGAAACAUAAUGGAUCCCGCCUUGCUCAGAGAGAGAGAACUCUUUAAGAAGAGAGCCCUCGCCUUACCGACGGUUGAGAAGAGGCCCGCUCCCUCUGAUUCUUCCUCAUCCUCUUCCUCAAAGAAGAAAAGGCCCAAACCAGACCGUGAUGGAUCAACAGGAUCCAAGCAUGGUGCAGACUCCAGCAACGGAUCGUUCAACCUGAAGGCUCUGUCUGGAAGCUCCGGGUACAAGUUCGGGGUCCUGGCAAAGAUCGUGAACUACAUGAAGACCCGUCACCAGCGUGGAGACACCUACCACCUGACCCUGGAGGAGAUUCUGGACGAGACCAAACUGCUGGACAUCGGACUCAAGCAGAAACAGUGGCUCAUGAGCGAGGCUCUGGCCAGUAACCCAAAGAUCGAGGUUCGGGACGGGAAGUACGCCUUCAAGCCCAAAUACAACCUGAAGGACAAGAAGGCGCUGCUGCGGCUCCUGGACAAGCACGACCAGCUGGGCCUGGGCGGCGUGCUGCUGGACGACGUGGAGGAGGGCCUGCCCAACUCACAGAAGGCCAUUAAGGCCUUAGGCGACCAGAUCAUUUUUGUGACCAGACCAGACAAGAAGAAAAUUCUUUUCUACAAUGACAAGCACUGCCAGUUCAUGGUGGAUGAAGAGUUCCAGAAGCUGUGGAGGAGCAUCCCUGUGGACUCCAUGGAUGAGGAGAAGAUCGAGGACUACCUGAAGAGGCAGGGCAUCUCCUCCAUGCAGGAGGCCGGACCAAGGAAACUGACGCCCAUGCAGAAGAGGAAGAAGCCUGGCUCCCAGAAGAAGAGGCGCUUCAAGACGCACAACGACCAUCUGGCCGGAGUGCUGGAGGACUACUCAGAGGGGCUUCCCGGCAAGAAGUGACCGCACGCGAUCCCGCCUCCCUCCACCAGGGGGAGCCGUGCAUCACCAAACGGAAGUGUACAGGCAGGAGAGGCAGCGCCCCUCCGAGCGCCUCAACCUCAGACCUGUCCGGGACGUCUACUUUGCCAAAAACGAAACGAUAAAAAAAAAAAAAGGGCACUGCCGUUUGUUAUACUGUAAAGCUCGAUUCUGCAGCGUUCAAAUGUGAAUCUGUGUAAAUAUUUUUUUUCUUAAGUGCCAGCGUAUGACGAGGCAGGAUGGGUGGUCCGGUUGAGCACAGAUUGUUACAGACCGCUUCUCCAUUGUCCGCACCGUGUUGUCAACCUAUCUGUAUUAUUGCAGCGCAAGCUAAUGCUGGACAUUUUACCAGAGCUCCUUGAAAGGACGAUUAAAAUAAAAGUGUGGGAAAUGUUUUUGUUUUUUUUAAUGUUUUAUUUUCAGCCAGUGAGCUCCCGUACCCAUGAGGGUAGUGGUGUUCAACACAGAAUUAAAAAAAAAAAGUUUAAAAAUAAAAAUACAUUCUUCAGUGGUGAA